AUGUCAAGCCAAGGCCCCCUAACCACCUACCUGCUAUCCAGCACCCCAGACGCCCUAAUCCGCGCAACAACCCACCCCUUCCUCGCGGCCGCCGGCCACGGCACCCUCCCAAAAACCCAACUAAGCCAAUGGCUCUCCCAAGACCGACUCUACGCGCAAUCCUACAUCCGCUUCGUCAGCCUCCUCCUCUCCAAAAUCCGCCUCCCAAGACGAAACCCAACAACCCAAUCCCCAUCCCUCCCCACCCCAGAAGAAAAAGCCAUUUCCGUCCUCAUCGACGCCCUAGUCAACAUCCGCACCGAACUCGCCUUCUUCGAACAAGUCGCCACCGACUAUGACCUAGAUUUAACCGCCAUCUCCCCGGAGGAAGGUGGCUACGCCGUCGACGUCCGCGGCUCGGCUUCCUACAUCACCACCUCCGCGGGCAUUUCUACUACCGGCUCCGGUAGCUGUCCUGGCUUCACGGGCGGCGAGGGAAAACCGCCUCGUUCUAAAACCUGUACGGACCCGCUCUCUUCGGAUGAUGCCGAUGGAUCCUCGGGGUCGAAACACGGGCUUUGUCUUGCUCAGGGCGAGUGUCAGGUUCCCUCCGGCGGUGGGGAGAAUUGUCUCCCUGACCCCUUGGGAAAUGGAUCUGGACGCUGCGGGGCGGUUAGUGGUGAGAAGCUGCCAGUGGGUGCUGUGAAUGCAGAUGCGGGGAAGUCUGGGAUGAGGGGGAUGGAGGAGGCUGAGAGGGGUGCGACUGUAUUCUUCUGUGCGAAUCGUACGACGAGGGCGUAUAUUGAUAUGUUUAUGUCGGCUGCUAGUGGCGGGGUUACGGUUACGGAGGGGUUGGCGGUGCUUUGGGCGACGGAGGUUUGUUAUUUGAGGUCUUGGAGGUUUGCGGCCAGGUGUAUGCGUGAGGAUGGGGUGAGGGAUUAUAAGAAUGAUGCUGAUGGGGGUGCUUUGAGGGAGAAGUUUAUUGAUAAUUGGUCGAGUUCGGAGUUUGAGGAAUUUGUUAAUCGGAUUGGGGAUGUGCUUGAUGCGAUGUCGGGGCAGACUAAGGGGGUCGAGGAGUCGGAGAUUAUGAGGGGAAGGUGUUUGGAGUGGUGGAGGCAGAUUGUUUGGUUGGAGGAGAACUUUUGGCCGAAUGUUGAUCAAUGUUGA